UUGUUUUGGGUUCUUCGAGUCAGUGGAGGAGAAAGGUAUUGGCUGAAAUGUUGGACAUUCUUCCCGAAAAAGUGCAAGUCUUAAUACCAAAUAUCGAUGAGAAAAAAAUCCGCCACGAUGAUCCUAAAGAAAUGACGUUACAAAUUGCUAGAGCCAAAUCUCAGGCAUUAUUAUCGAGUUUAAGUGAACCCUGCAUUCUCAUAUGUUCGGAUCAGGUUGCUGUUUAUAAUGGUGAGGUUCGAGAGAAGCCAAUUGAUUCACUGGAAGCACGCAAAUUCCUCGAGAGCUAUCGAGACCACCCUGUUCAAGUCGUGGUAUCACUGGUUGUCACUAACACAAAAACAGGUAAAACUUUUGAAGGUGUUGCUAUGGCUACACAAAAAUUCAAGUAUUUACCUGAUUCGUUCAUUGAUUAUCUUUUGGAACAGGGAGACGUCUUCAAUGCAUGUGGUGGCUUCGUCAUUGAACACAUGCAAGAGUACAUCGACAAACUGGAGGGUGAAAUGGAGACUGUUCAGGGUCUACCGAAGACGUUGACCCUGGAAUUACUCUCAAAAGCGCAAAAUAGCUAGCCCCCAGUGCUGCGAUUGGCAAGUGAGAAGGUAAGACUCUGAUGUCUGAGACACGGUCCAGAUACAGAGGAUGAGGUGUAUUGAAGAUCUCGCUCUCGAUUGAUAGAGACACGAAUUCUUUUUUAACAAGGCUGGAAUGCAACGACGUCUGGCAUCCUGAGAGAGUAUUAUCAGAAGGACGGCAGAUAUAGUCCCAUGAAAGUGCAGAUUUAAAAAUGGGUGCUAACGGGGGGAGACACUGAUAUGGUCGUCAAGGAACUGUUGUUUUUCAACUACAUGAAAAUAUGUGUGGAAGAUAAUUAAACGACUUUCGUGCGAUGGAUUAAAAAGUUGCACACGGGGAUGGCACUUUAAAAGUUAUCGAGAGUGUGUGAAAUAGGUAUGCUCAGGUGCAGCUGGUAGCAGAGAGCUGUACCUGGAUGAUAGGUGUACAAGACAAGUGUUAGGCAUAAGUCCGAUAUGUGAAAAUUAUAAAAAAGUAAUAAAUUUUUGUUAUUAACAGCUCGAGACUUGCGGAGGCUACUGUGGCUCUGAAAAAACCAUAUUAGAGGCCGGCAAGAUGGGAGUACGUUACAUAAGUCGUUGUGUAGUUUUUAUGGCACUCGCGGUGGCCAUAUUGGCGUUUGUUGGUAUGUACAUGCCUUCCGUAUUGGUGGGUACGGUAUCAAAGGUUUUAGUAAUGUGGAAUUCGGAUGGCUCUUCUGAGAAUCAAGAGAAAGAGAGGGGAAUUUGGAAUUUUCCGUUUCACCUCACUCAGACACUGAUGGAGGAUUAUUCAGUGGAUGCUAGCAAGGUGUACAAAAUUAACAAGGGAGUGAUUAACAUUUUGAACAGAUUGACCAAAAAGCCGUUUUUGAGGUAUUACAAGUUAAAUUUGAAUCGAAAAUGUACGCUAUUUUCAGAAGCCGGUUUUUGCGUGUCUCGAUCUUGUGGAGUGGAUCCAUGCAAGAAGGAAGAAUUUUUAAGCGUAUGCAAAAAGAGAGAGGAUUCGUCCAAAAUUGAUCAAUUUGUGGACUAUUCUGCCUUCCAUGAAUGGAAGGAAGAGAAUCUAUCAUGGACAACGAAUGGGGAGACGCCUUCUAGCGAGCAAGGUGAGAUGACUUAUGUAGACUUAGAAAUUAACCCAGAGCAAGACACUGGAUAUUCUGGAGCAUCGGCGUCGCGAAUUUGGAAAGCGAUUUACGAUCAAAAUUGUUUUGUGCAGAAUCAAAACUUAUCGCAGCAGCACGAAAUUGAGGGAAAAGACGAUGCAGAAUGCGAAGAAAAGAGUCUUUACUAUAAUUUGAUUUCUGGACUGCAUGCAUCCAUCUCGAUACAUAUCGCUCAAAAUUGCCUGGUAGAAGGUAGGUCGGAUAUGUGGUAUCCGAACAGCGAGUUGUUUUAUGAAAAAGUUGGAAAAUACCCGAGGAGAGCCUACAGUUUGUAUGUAGUUUAUCUGGUGAUCACGAAAGCGUUUUUUGACGCGGGAGAAUACAUCGAGCAAUAUGACUACGACACGACGGAACAGGUGGAGGCGAUCGAAAUCAAACGCAUGGUGCAGGAAUUACGCACGAUCAUUUCUCCGUUGGCGCGACGUUUCGAUAUCCAAACGUCAUUUUUCGGAGAAGACGAACAGGCGUUCAAAAGGCAAUUGAUAGAUCGGUUCCAAAACAUUUCCCAUAUUCUGGAUUGCAUUAGUUGCGAGAGAUGCAAGCUAUGGGGCAAGUUACAAGUUCACGGACUAGGCAUUGCGCUCAAAAUCUUGUUUGACAGGAAAGCCCCAAGCCAACUGAAUCUAACAAGAACUGAGAUCGUCGCUUUUAUCAACCUUUACAGACGAGUUUCCGAGUCCGUAGAUUGGUUUAAUGUGCUUAUGGGAGACUACAAAUUCAAGCACACGAUUUCAUACUUUCGCAAAAGCGAUGCGACAAAGCAGAGCCUCGCUUCGAGCUACGACAGAUUUGUUGCUGAUGCGCAUGAAAGACUCAAAAACCUUUCAAUCACGCCAAAAAUAGGUAUUUCCAUUUCUGAACAAGAUUGAAAAAUUGCCACUUUUUUGAUUGGGGAGAGAAAACCGCAUCCUCAAAUCAUUUUGUAAAUUAAUAGGAUAAAACAAACUUUUAGGAAUAAA